UCCCCAAGCAGGGAGUGCAGACUUUGCGCCUGCGCAGCCGGUUUCUUGCGUCCGGAAAGCUGUAGUCCCUGCCUGCAGUUCAGAGACCACGCCGAGGGGACAGCCGCCGCCGCCACCAAGGAGGAAGAGCAAGGGAAGGAUGUGGGUUUUUGGUUACGGGUCCCUCAUCUGGAAGGUGGACUUCCCCUAUCAGGACAAGGUGGUUGGAUAUAUCUCAGGCUACAGCAGACGCUUCUGGCAGGGCAGCAUCGACCACCGCGGGGUUCCCGGCAAGGGUUGUGUAUGGGGUGUUGCUUACAGACUGCCAGUAGGAAAGGAAGAAGAAGUAAAAGCAUACCUUGACUUCAGAGAGAAAGGAGGCUACAGGACCACAACAGUCAAUUUUUAUCCAAAAGAUUCCACAACAGAACCAUUCACUGUGUUGCUAUAUAUUGGAACAUGUGAUAAUCCUAAUUAUCUUGGUCCUGCACCUCUGGAAGACAUUGCUGAACAAAUUUUUAAUGCAGCUGGUCCAAGUGGAAAAAAUACAGAAUAUCUUUUUGAACUUGCAAAUUCCAUUAGAAGCCUUGUGCCAGAAGAUGCAGAUGAGCAUCUUUUCUCUUUGGAAAAAUUAGUAAAGGAACGUUUAGAAGGAAAACAGAACUUCAAUUGCUUAAAAAGACCUAACUGACUUUUCCCAACAAGCAGAGCUUUUAGUCCUCAGAGAACAGCACAAUAGCAUUAUGAUUUGUAAACGUGUUUACUUGAAAAUCUUAGUUGUGUUUAAUGUUGUAGUCAAGAUAUCAUCUAAAUUUAUAGUUUAAUUGCAAGUGGCCUGAAACACAUACAUAUUCAAGAUAUUGGGGUAUAGUUAAAGAAAAAAUUUGUUUCAAUAAUAUAAUGAUUUUCCAGCUAUGUGAUAUUAAAUACUUGCUCAUGAGAAGUGAGUUCUUUAGAAAAAUAUGAUGAAGGACUCAGUUCAGAACUUGUUUUUACCUGAGUAAAUAUAAUUCUGUUAUUUCAUACCACAGUACUAUUUUGAAGUUGUAGAGAAUUAAACCAAAAGACCAGUAAAUAUAAUAAGGUUAUACCUUCAAUAUAUUCCCAUACAUCAACUCUGUAAUCAUGGUUUAAAAUAAAUAAGCUUAAAAUAACAUGUAAUUAGAAACGUAUGGUAAUAUAGGUAAGAUUUGGGCCUUGAAUGUGAAUCUCCUUAUGUAGGUAUUAAAUGAAAUCCUUUCCAAUUUAAGCCAAAAUAUGCAUUUUAAUAUAAAAAUUUCCUUGGAAUUAUAAUGUACUAUACCUCUCCAUUUUUGAAUAAAUGUAUUUUACUACAUGGAAAAAACCCUUUCAGCAAGAAAAGCACAAAUUAUACAAAUCAUGUCUACUAACAAUGUAGUCUAGUCUGUCACUCACUUUGUAUUAAUCUUAUACUGAAACUUAAAAAAAAAAAGAUGGGCUAUCUGAUAUUACAAAUUAACAGAAACAUAUAAUGAAAGUUUGCUGUUUGAAAUGGUGUUUAGAAUCGUAAUAUUUUAAAGAAGUGGUAUUACCUGA